AUGAAGUCUGUGAAAUCCUCAGUGCCCGAUGAAGAAAUUGCAGGCUUCACAUUCAACAGUGGUGGCGGUGCACAGACAAACAAUGUCAAUACUGGCAGUGGUAAACAAAUUGACAACAAUGGCCCGGUCAACACUCAGAACUUUGGAUCUGUUACUAGUACAAGCCUAAGGCCGAUUUCAGCUUUCGGAAAACUGGACAUUCUAAAGCCGGGUGACACGUGUGAAGAGCACCGCCGGCUCGUUCUUGGUGGUGUGGGAGGCAUUGGUAAGACGCAGCUUGCCAUAGCUUAUGCUCGCCGCCAGCGCCAAUUCUAUCAAUCGGUCUUCUGGCUGAAUGCUGCAUCUGAAGCCGCACUCAAAGACAGCUUCCGAUCCAUCGCGGAGCUCAUCUUUGAUGUACAAGAACCAGGACUCCUGGAUGAUGAACGGAUUUACGCUCAAGUACAUCGGUGGUUAUCUGCCAACGCCAACACACAGUGGCUGCUGAUCUUCGACAACUAUGACGACCCAGCUCAGUUUUCGAUUGAAAAGUACUAUCCGCCGGCCUCUCACGGUACCAUCAUCGUCACUACACGGCGGCCCGAUCAGGUCGCCGGCUCGGCUUUGCGGAUAGGACCGCUCCAGAACGAGAUAGAUGACGGCCUCGAAAUUCUACAAAGCAGAUCACGACGAGAAAAUGUCGCGUCCGACCUUGAUGCAAGGCGUCUAGUAGCACGGCUUGCAGGUUUCCCACUCGCUUUAGCCACAGCUGGAGCAUAUCUUCACCAGAAUAUCCUUACGUUUGAACGCUACUUACGGGAAUAUGAAAAGCGGUUUGAUGUUAAUUCGCAACGGCCUCCCCCGCUCCAGGAUUAUCGGGACCGCACACUCUCUACAACAUGGGAUAUAUCAUACUCACAACUACAAAAAGAAGAUCAAAUCGCGGCCAGGCUCCUGAGAUCGUUGGCUUACUUCGACAAUCAGAGUCUUUGGUAUGAACUCUUUUCCGCUGGAUUCAGCCCUGACUCACCACAGUGGCUGCAUGAGGUCAUCAAAGACGACUUGAAAUUCGCCAGUGUGAUGAGAAGACUAGCAGAUUAUUGCUUUAUUGAAGUUCAAGUGGCAACGAAAUCGUGGAGCAUGCAUAACUGCAUACACGACUGGACGCUAGCAGUUCUCAACAAGGACCUCGAUGGCCGGCAGCUCUGGUAUGCUUUCGACUGCGUUGCUGCGUCGAUUACACGCGACGACUGGGACUCUUUUGAACGUCUCAGUUACAAUCGUCUCGCCGCUCAUGCGACUCGACUAGUACGAGUCGGUUUUCAAGGAGGCAAUUCUAUGGAUCAUAUUCCCCCCAGUCGCCUGGAGGAUGCUGGAUCUGUUGCACUAUUACUUGCCUCACAAAUGCGGCUUGAAGCUUCGGAGCAAAUGUACCGAUAUGUGCUGGCAGGGAAGGGCCAGGCGCUAGGCCCGAUGCACAAGUCGACGCUAGAUACGGUCAACAACCUAGGGAGCAUAUACCGCGAGCAGGGCAAGCUGGUGCAGGCGGAGGAGUACUACCUACGAGCGCUGACAGGCAAGGAGAAGACGCUAGGCCCGACGCAUCUAUCGACGCUACAGACGGAGUACUACCUACGAGCGCUAGCGGGGCGCGAGCAGGCGCUAGGCCCGGCACACACGUCGACACUAGAGACGGUCAACAACCUGGGGGUCCUGUACAAAAACCAGGGCAACCUGGCACAGGCGGAGAAGUACUACCUACGAGCGCUGGCAGGUAAGGAACAGGCGCUGGGCCCGGCACACUCGUCGACGUUACAGACUGUCAGCAACCUGGGUGGCUUGUACUAUGACCAGGGGAGACUGGCGCAGGCGGAGGAGAUGUGUCGACGGGCGCUGGCGGGUUACGAGAAGAACUUCCUAUCCAAGACAAUUCCGGCUCUCCAUGUAAUCCGCAACCUUGGAUUGCUGUUUCGUGACCAGGGCAAGGCCGAAGAAGCCCGAGCAAUGUUUGAACGUGCAUUAUUAGGGAGACAAGAAGUUCUGGGCCCUAACCAUUCUCACACUCUACAAGUCGCCAGCCUUUUGGAGAAAUUGAGGCUAGAACAGGAAGAGAGAAGAAAGGAGGUUCAAAAUAUUAAUGCUGGUCACAAGUCAACCGCCGAGAGAAAAAAGUAUCGCUGGAAACAUUUUUUGCCGCUGAGAAGUUCGAAAACUACCGUAAUACUCAUUCUGGAGGAGAACUCAGUCGCGGUCCGGAGUGAAAUAGCCAGCUGUGGCCUAAUGCCAACUUGA